AUGACAGUUGUUCCGGAGACCUCUUCUCCUAUUGCUUCGGUAAAAGAAACCACCGCCUCCUUCGCCUUGUCCUCUUCGUUGGUGCAGAAUGUUCCCCCGGAGCCUUCGCGAGCGGCGGUGAUUGUGUACGGGGCCGGCCAGGAGACGAUCGUGCAGGUGGUCGCGGAGGUGCUGGGGAAACCAUGGACGACGGAAUCCUCGUUGUCGGCCGUGGCGGGCCGCUGCGGGAAUGCGGUCGUCACCGGGAUUUUGGCCGACGACCUAGCUCGGAGCUUAGAAGGGUGCGACAAGUCCGACUGGAUUCUCAUCAACAGCCAUUGCGUCGACGACGGCUCGUUCCCGGAGGAGGCGCUGACCGACUGCUGCCACUACGAGUUCCUGUACUCGCUCCGCAGCCCGUUCUUCCGCCGCGAUCUGACCCGCUUUCUCUCCUUGAUUCUGGGGCAGGCGAGGCCGCACGAGGACCUGAAGACCAAGAAUCGCACCAAUUUCAUCUCCACCACGUUCCCGGACGUCCACGCGGCGUUGCCCAACCUCGAUAUUCUGUCCGUAGGGUCCGAUGCCGUUGAGAUCCGUGUAGAUCUGCUGAAGGACCCCUCCCCGCAGGAGGCCUCGAGCCCCGUGCCGAGCCUGCGGUACGUAGGGCGGCAGCUGAUGCUCCUGCGGCAGCAUACCGAGCUGCCGAUCAUCUUCACGACGCGCUGCACCAAGGAGAACGGCAAGUUCCCCAUGGACGACCCGCAGCUCUUCUACCGGUAUCUGCGGCGCGCCAUCCAGUGGGGGGUGGAGUACAUCGACGUGGAGCUGUGGCUGCCGGAGGACAUCCGGCGCCGCCUGGCCGCCGACAAGGGCAACAGUAUCAUCAUGUCGGCCUUCCACGACUUCUCGGGCACGUGGCGAUGGACGUCGCCGGAGGCGCCGCGGAUCUAUGCGGAGAGCGCGCAGUAUGCGGACAUCGUGAAGAUGAUCGCCAUGGUGAACACGAUCGAGGCCAACUACGAGCUCGAGUACUUCCGGUCGACGAUCCGGAAGACGCACGGGGCCUACCCGCUGCUGUCGGCCGUCAACAUGGGCCAGAUGGGCCAGCUCUCGCGGGCGCUGAACACGGUGUUCUCGCCCAUCACGCAUCCGCUGCUGCCCAUGAUCGCGGCGCCGGGCCAGCUGACGGCGGCGGAGAUCAACGAGGCGCUGCACAUCAUGGGGUCGCUGCCCAAGAAGGACCUGUACGCCGUGGGGUCCUUCCGGUCCACGCCGCAGUCGAUGUUCAUGGAGAAGUGCUUCAACGAGCUCAGCCUGCCGCACACGCUGACCUCGAUCGACCGCGGCCCCAGCGGCUCGGUGGAGCGGGUGAUCACGCAGCCGUCGUUCGGCGGCGCGUCGGUGCAUCCGCCGAUCUCCGUGGCCGGCGGAGCCAGCGCCAGCGUGCCCGCGGUCAGCGAGGCGGCGCGGGCCAUCGGGAUGGUGGACACGAUCGUGGCGGCGCGCGGUGCGCUGGUGGGGGAGAACGCAACGUGGAAGGGGAUCCGGGCGACGCUGACGCGAGACUACGUGCCGUCGGCGUACCGCGGGCGCGCGGCGAUCAUCUUGGCGAGCAGCGAGAGCGAGGCGUCGGCGGCGGUGUUUGCGCUGCGCAGUCUCGGAGUGGGUGCGAUCUACACGGUCGGGUUUCGGGCGAACGGGCCGCUGGCGGACGGACUGGAGCCCUUCACGUCGAUCCAAUCGGUCAAGCUGGUGGAGCAGCCGUUUGUGAUCGUGUCCGCGCUGCCUCCGGAGAAGUCGCUGCUGGUGCAACCGCUGCUGCGACACUACCGCACCAGCGGACGCGCCUCGCCGCCGUCGACUCGCGGCAAAGUGUAUCUGGAUCUCACCCGCGGCGAGCGCACGGGAGAUCCGGUGGGUGUGGCGGAACGGGCCGGCUGGACAGCCUAUGGCAUCGAAGACGUCAAUGCCUGGACCACCGUGGAGACGCUGCGCCUGUUGGUCGGGCAGAAUGUACCGUUUGAUUUCGUGCGGAUGGCGUCGGGGCGAGUGUUUUGA